AUGCCUCGGUGGGUUCAGAAUGGUACUGAAGAUUCAAUAGUCCUGGACUGUGAAUAUGACUAUACUGAGGAGGACUAUCGCCUCGUGGUGAAGUGGUUCCUGAAUGACGACCCUCAACCUAUUUACCAGUGGAUCCCUGAACUGAACCUGAGGUCCGCAUCUUCCCGGCUUCAGGGUAGACUAAACAUGGACUAUACUGUGUCGCCGUCCAGCAAAAACACCCGGUACAGGGCUCUCAACAUCUUGAGGCCGACGACCGAACUUAGCGGCAGGUACUCCUGCCAUGUCGUCUCAAUGAAGAAUCAAGACGCGGAGGAACAAGUCAUGGUCGUCUAUG